GUUUGUUGUCACCACCAUUCAGACUCAUUCACUCUCUCUGAAAAUCGAAACUCACGGUCACGGCUUGCUUCUUCUACAUUCAUCAUCGAGCCACCAUUUUAAUCAAUCAUAGAAUUGGUCUCUUGAAGUAAUUGUUGUUGUUGAAGUAAUCGGGAUUUGUUGAUAAACAAUGUUUAUUACGCGAACGUUCGGGAGGAGAUUCUUGGCGGCUGCAUCGGCGAGAUCGGAGUCUACUACUGCAGCAGCCGCCGCCUCAGCCAUUAGGACUCCCCAAAACCCUCUCGAAGAGUUCUUUGAGUUCGAUAGAAGCCAAGACGAAGAUAAACCUGUUGUCUAUGGUCGAGGUUGGAAAGCUUCGGAACUGCGUCUCAAGUCAUGGGAUGAUCUUCAGAAGCUGUGGUAUGUUCUUCUUAAAGAGAAAAACAUGUUGAUGACUCAGCGUCAGAUGCUUCAAGCUCAGAACAUGCAGUUUCCUAACCCUGAACGCAUUCCUAAGGUGAGGAGAUCAAUGUGCCGCAUAAAGCAUGUGCUGACAGAGAGAGCGAUUGAAGAGCCUGAUCCAAGGAGAUCAGCCGAGAUGAAGAGAAUGGUAAAUGGUAUGUAACCCCGUUGCUCUUCUUUUGGCAACCGCAGAGAGGUGUUGAGUUUUUGGUGGAGUAAGCAAUAACGUCUAGAGGUUGAAGUAGACUAUUUGUAUUCUGUCCUUUGGAACUGGUCUAGUGAUUGUGACUGUAGUGUCUUGGUAAUAGAGAAAUCAUUGGUUGAUAUCUAUAUGCACAUUUCUGUAAACCCACGAUUGAUGUCUCUUUCGAGUUCGAGACAUAUGUUGUUGGUCCAGUUGCUCCAGAGCUUGUUGAUGUGGUUUUUUUUUCUAUGGAAAUAAGAAGGAUCACAAUUAGAAUGA